GAAAGUGUAUCUAGAAUCGAGACGUGGGUGAGCCGGUUAGCGAAUAGCUAUUAUUAUUAUUCCAUACCCCUUCCUAUAGGUUCGUGUUGAGACGACUCAAGAUUUUGUCUCUUAUUCACCAUGGUAUUGAUGAUUUCCUCUUUAGGAAAUCGCAUUCCUUUUUAGUAUGCUUCACAGAGCAUCCAAAAGACGUAGCUUUGAUAAAACUAAGGUUGCCAAAAGAUUUUUGUUCUUUGAGGGUGUCCUCUUUACUGGUUCAUUUAUACUUUGGAGUUGUAUGAGUAGAUCGCAAGAUUUCAGGUUUUAUCUGCGCCAAAACUUGCCAUCUGUGUUAAAUGGUUAUUAUUAUAUAUAUGAAAAAGUAUCAAAUGAUAAUUCAAUCAGGACUGCUGACACGAUGAAAUGGGAACAAAAUUAAGAUUUAGUAUUCAUGGCGUUCUUCAAAUCUAUGUUAUUGUUAAUAGGUGGUGGAGGUUUAGGAUAUUAUCUAAUACAGACCUUAUCAAUAACUCAACGUGAAUUAGAAGAGAUCCUUUCUUAUGAGAUUUCACCCAAAAAAUCUACCACAGAAGAAAAAACUAAAGUCCUGAAACAACUGAGGAAAAUAAAACAAUCUAGUGAAGAAAAACUUAUGAAAUCUGUCUCCGUGCUAUUUGAAGAUACAAUAAACAAUACCAACAAAUAGCAUUCAGAUAAUAAUAAGAUGGAGAACACUAAUUUCCUCGAAGGCAGCUUGCCAGAACGUAUCAAUAAGAGAGAUCGUGAACGAAAAAACAUCAUUGAAAGACGGAAAGAAGAACGACAAUCCCUUGCUGUGGAAUCUGAACAAAGUAGUUAUUUUAAGGAUACGUUUUACUCAUCGUGUAAAAAAAUUAAAGAUAUGUUAGAUGAUGCAUCUAGCGCACCGCCAUCAGUUCUUUCGGUUGCUUUCGACAAAAUAAGUAAAGAAAUUCUGAUGCUUAAAAAUUAUUUGUCUCAAUCAAAAAUGUAUCUAAAAGUGUAUGACAUUAGAAGAGCACAAGAAAACUUACAAUUACUUGAAAAUGAAGCAUCAGAAUUAGAAAUGAAACUUUUACCUAAAAAAAAGUUUGGAUUUAAAAAUAGAAGAGUUGUAAAAAAACCUACUGAAAAAGCAUAUGAUGUAACAGACGGAUUAAAAGAUCUUAAGAUAUCAGAAGGUAUCGUGAACGGUUCAGUAAAACAAAAUAACAAAUCUUUUAAUAAAUACGGGGAAAAUGCGUGUAUAUUGGUAGGAAAGUCUGAUGAACAGUUGGUUCUGGAUGCUGAAAACGUAAAUAAGAAUGAUAUUCUUCUUUCCGAUUUAACUCGAUGUACAGUAAGAAUAUAUGGCACACCUAGUACACUACAUAUGAUAAAUUUGAAACAAUGUACUAUCUUAGUCGGACCAGUAACAUCGUCCGUAUUUGCUCACGACUGUGUUGAAUGUGUAUUUGCUUUUGCAUGUCAACAAUUUCGAUUACAUUCAUCUACAGAUUGCACUAUAUACCUCCAUGUUACUAGCAGAGCAAUUAUAGAAGAUUGUACAAAUAUAAGAGUAGCACCUUACAAUUGGUCUUAUGAAGAUCAAAUGAAUCAUUUUAAUUUAGCUGGUCUCGAUCCAAAAAUAAAUAAUUGGAAUUGUAUAGAUGACUUUAAUUGGUUAUCAAGUGAGAAACAUUCGCCAAACUGGUCUAUUCUUGAACCUGAAUUACGUAUAAAAAAUUGGGAUUAAUAUAAAUAUGUCAUUCAAAGCUUAAUAUUUACUGUUCUAUAGGCAGGUGUUUACUCUUCUUUAGAUUAAGAAUUAGUUGAUCUAUCAAGAUAAAUUAUUUAUGCAUAUAUCUUACUUUUUUCACCAGAAUGUAAAACUAUGUAAGUGUUUUAUAUACUUACGUAUUUAAUAAAAUUACUGGCUGCAUACUA